GCUCAAGGCAGCUUCCUUGGAGGUCCGUUUGGCUGCUCUCAACGGCGGCUGAGGACAAAUAGCUGACUGCCGAGCGAGAGGAGCUCCUUUCAGAGGCCGAUUUACGCGGAAGUAGGAACAAAGGUGCCAGGUGUGUUCUUGACCACAGUUGCCCUCAGGGCUGGAGAAUGUGAGGCCGUCCGUCUCUGGCAGCCACGGGGAAAGGACAUGGAGGAGGCGAGUCUUCCGUGGCCAGCAGAGAGGCUGGACGCUCCAGGGAUCAGCCGGCGGAUCUCGGUCAGCGAGUUCUCUUGCCACUGCUGCUACGACAUCCUCAUCAACCCCACCACCUUGAACUGCGGGCACAGCUUCUGUCGGCACUGCCUGGCAUUGUGGUGGAUGUCUUCCAAGAGAAACGAAUGUCCAGAGUGCCGGGAGAAGUGGGAAGGGUUCCCAAAGGUCAACAUCCUCCUCAGGAAUGCCGUGGAGACGCUGUUCCCAGCCGCCAUCGAGCAGCGCAAAGACAACAUUCUGCAAAACCACGAGGUGACACAAAGCCUGGCUGCUUUUCAGAAGUAUGGGAGCAACCAGCCCACGGCAGCCCCCAGUGCCGGGAGGGUGAACCCACCUGGAGGUGGCUUUUUCUCCGGUGUCCUGACUGCAUUGACCUGUGUGGCGGUGGUUUUGCUGGGCUAUCAUUGGAGCAGCCGGGAGUCAGAGGACGGCCUGCUGGUCCGCAAGCCUGUGGCCAAAUGGACCGCCGAGGAGGUGGCCCACUGGCUUGGGCAGCUGGGGCCUUGGACGUCCCUCUACAGGGAGAGGUUCCUGCAGGAGAGGGUGAAUGGAAGGCUGCUUCUGACGCUGACCGACGAAGACCUCCGGCAGGCGCCUUACCAGGUGGAGAACGGCAGCCACCGAAAGGCCAUCACUGUGGAACUCGAGCGGGUGAAGCUGCUGGGGGUGAAGCCGCCCCAAAACCUCUGGGAGUACAAAGCGGUCCAGCCCGGGCGCUCGCUGUUCCUGCUCUACGCCUUGAAGAGCUCCCCUCGGCUGGCCAUGCUGUACUUGUACCUGUCAGAUUACAGCGACACCUUCCUGCCCUUCAUCCACACCGUCUGCCCCGUCUCGGAGGCCCAGGAGCUUGAAGACAGGAUCGCAAAGCUGCACGACCUCAAGGACCCCGUGUGGAAGCAGUGGCGGGAGUUCCUGGUGAAGUUUGCUUUCCUGCCCUAUCAGCUGCUGGCCGAGUUCGCUUGGGACUGGCUGGAGACCCACUACUGGACCUCCCGCUUCAUCAUUGUGAACGCCAUGCUGCUGUCCGUGCUGGAGCUGCUCUCCUUCUGGAGGCUCUGGUCAAGGCGGGAGCUGAAGAGAAUUCCCUACCGGAUGUGGAGCCACUUCUGGAAAAUGUCGACCCAGGGGUUCCUGAUGGCCAUUUUCUGGCCAGUUAUCCCCCAGUUUGCCUGUAAUUGCCUCUUUUACUGGGCUUUGUACUUCAACCCAAUCAUUAACAUCGACCUUGUGGUGAAGGAAGUCCGCCGCCUGGAAACUCAAGUCCUAUGAGGUGGAGGAGGGCCCCAUCUGGAUGCCGAGGGAUCAGGGCCGCCUGCGUGCGCCUCUGAAUUCAGCCGGUGCUUCGUCCCCGGGUAGCCGGACGGUCUCGUUUUGCGGCUCUUUGCGUCCCCCACUUUCUUUUCAGGAGCAAAAGGCACAUUUUCCUCGGAGCAGAGAAGAUGUAAUCUUGGCAUAAUCCAAAAUCUGGCUUUGAGCCAACUGAAGCCGAGGUUGUUGCAAUCUCUUUGGAAAAGGGCCCCUUGUGUGUAAGUAGGUGGUUUCUCUGUGUGUCUAAAUUCCCUCUGUGUUGCUUUGUGUUAAAUCUCUAGUGAACCUUUAUGUUAAAUGUGAUGUCUCUAUACAUGAAAUUUGACUCUGCAUUUGUAUUAAGACGACCUUUAAAUUUGCAUAGAACAUUUUUACAAAUUAAAUAAUGUUUUCUAAAAA